CUCCCUCCCAGGCCAGUCCUCCUCCACUCAAGUGACGCUGUGUGCCGUCUCGCGCUUCACACUCUUCCUUUUAAGAGCACGGAUUUAAACCUCUGUAACUGACGACCGCUGAAUAUUCUAGAAUCGUCUGGAGGAUCUCUAGGAGAAUGUGGGAUCAUCGGAUUCUCUUGCUGUUGAUGGUCGCGAGCUCGGCUCGCGCCGUGGAGAUUCCAUCAGAAGAUGGACCAGGCUCACUUGCCGAGCCUCAAGUAGCCAUGUUUUGCGAAAAACUCAAUAUGCACAUGAACAUUCAGACUGGCAAGUGGGAGCCGGACCCCUCAGGCACCAAAAGCUGCGUGAACACCAAGGAGGGCAUCCUCCAGUACUGCCAGGAGGUCUACCCAGAUCUGCAGAUCACCAAUGUGGUGGAAGCCAAUCAGCCUGUCAGCAUCCAGAACUGGUGCAAGAAGGGGCGGAAGCAGUGCCGCAGUCAUGUGCAUGUGGUAGUGCCUUACCGCUGCCUCGUUGGGGAAUUUGUGAGUGACGCUUUGUUGGUACCCGAUAAGUGCAAGUUCCUGCACCAGGAGCGGAUGGACACGUGUGAGAGUCACCUGCACUGGCACACUGUGGCCAAAGAGUCUUGUAGCGAUCAUACCAUGAACCUGCACGAUUACGGGAUGCUGUUACCAUGUGCCAUCGAUCGUUUCCGUGGCGUGGAGUUCGUGUGCUGCCCGGUGGAGACGGAGGAAGAGAAGGAUGACGCAGAAGCACAGGAGGCUGACGAUUCGGACGUCUGGUGGGGAGGAGCCGAGACGGACUAUUCCGACAACAGCAUGACUCGGGAGGUGGAGCCUGUAGAGCAGAAGGCGGAGGUGGAGGAAGAUGACAAGGCUACCGAGUUUGAGGAUGAUGACGUCAUCGACGAUUUCGAGGAAAUUGUAGAUAAUGACCAGGAUGGUGAUGGAGAAGAAGAAGAGGAGGAGGAGGAGGACGACGAGGAUGAGGGCAUUUACGAGAUUGACGGACGCAUUGAGAACGAGCAGACCACUAGCGUCGCCAUGACCACCACAACAACCACCACGACCGAGUCCGUCGAAGAAGUGGUCCGAGAAGUGUGUUGGGCGAACGCAGAGACCGGGCCGUGCAGGGCCAUGUUGCCCCGCUGGUAUUUUGUGAAGGAGGAGGGUCGCUGCGCUCCCUUCAUCUAUGGGGGCUGCGGAGGCAACCGUAAUAACUUUGACUCGGAGGAAUACUGCCUGUCUGUCUGCGGUGGUGCGUUGCCUACCGUUUCUCCAAGCUCUCCGGACGCAGUGGACCAGUACCUGGAGACACCAGCGGAUGAGAACGAGCACACACACUUUCAGAAGGCCAAGGAGAGCCUGGAAGCCAAACAUCGCGAGAGAAUGUCUCAGGUGAUGAGGGAGUGGGAGGAGGCUGAGCGUCAGUCGAAGAGUCUGCCACGUGCCGACAAGAAGGCAGUCAUCCAGCACUUCCAGGAGAAGGUGGAGGCUCUGGAGAAGGAGGCAGCCAGCGAGAGGCAGCAGCUAGUGGAAACUCAUAUGGCUCGCGUGGAGGCGCUUCUGAACGACCGCCGGCGCCUCGCGCUUGAGAGUUUUCUGAGCGCCCUGCAGGCGGACGAGCCACGGCCACGUCAUGUGUUCAGUCUGCUGAAGAAGUAUGUGCGUGCCGAGCAAAAAGACAGGCAGCACACCCUGAAACACUUCGAGCAUGUCCGCGUCGUGGACCCCAAGAAAGCCGCUCAGAUCCGUCCUCAGGUGUUGACCCACUUGCGCGUGAUCGAGGAGAGGAUGAACCAGUCUCUGGCUCUCCUGUACAAAGUUCCAGGCGUGUUGGAUGACAUCCAGGACCAAGUUGAACUGUUGCAGCGUGAGCAGCAGGAGAUGUCGGCACAAUUAGCCUCACUGCAGAGCGACGUGAGAGUGAGCUACGGCAAUGACGCGCUGAUGCCCGACAGCACCGCCCCGCUCGACCUGCUGCCGUCUGAGGACUCCGACCACCUCGGCUUCAUUCACCCUGAAAGCUUCAACCAGCCCAACACUCAGAACCAUGUUGAGCCUGUGGAUGUUCGUCCCUUCCCUGACAGAGGGCUUCCUACUCGCCCAGUGUCUGGUUUGAAGCCUGAGGAUGUUCCAGAGCUGAAGAUGGAGGCAGAGGAGAGGCACAAUGCUGCUUACGAAGUGCACCACCAGAAACUGGUGUUCUUCGCAGAAGACGUCAGCUCGAACAAGGGUGCUAUUAUUGGCCUGAUGGUAGGAGGUGUCGUCAUAGCGACUGUCAUUGUCAUCACACUGGUAAUGCUGCGAAAGAAGCAGUACACAUCUAUCCACCACGGUGUGAUCGAGGUGGACGCUGCGAUCACUCCAGAAGAGCGCCAUCUUUCCAAGAUGCAGCAGAACGGCUAUGAAAAUCCAACUUACAAGUUCUUUGAGCAGAUGAACUAAUGAUCCAUGUGCUAGGCUGUAGUCCCCCAACCCUUUCCUCUUCACCCCACUCUGGACAGUGUAGGGAAAGACUCACUCCCUGUAGUACAUGUCUUUCGGUGCCACUUGUGAUUGGUCACUCGUCUAAAAGAUGCACAUAAACAGAUCAAACCUUUUAAUUCAUACUUGAUGUAAAGAUGCUCUUGAGCACUGAUCCAGGAUCAGGUGCUAAUUCUUUUGAGUUUACAGAUUUUAUGCCCCUCUUCCCCUAGUGUCCCCCACACUGUCCAUUCCCACACUACUUUAACUGCUGAACACUGGGAUAUAACUGAUUAGUGUUAUAAAGACACUUUCUUUUUUCUCCUUUUUUUUUUUUUCCUCCACUUCUUGUCCUUAUCCCAUCGUGUGCUUUGAUGACAGCUGUGCUGUGUUGGAUUAAAACGGAUUAAAAUCAUGAUGAUAAGAUUAUAGUGAUAACCCUAAUGUACUCUUGAAUGAACUCUUCAUUUUAAGACUUUUUUUUUUCCAAGAAAAAAAAAAAACAGAAAGAAAAAUCAUGGAUAAAGAAGACGUUUUCUUUCGUUUCGUCUAAUGUAUUGUCGUAAUGCAGAAAAAAAAUAGCUGUACCUAUUUAGUGCAUGAUAUAUAAAAAGAAAAUGAAGAUAAACUCUAUUGUCCGGAUGGGUCCUUUCUCCUGUUAGAGAGCGUCAUUUUUUUUUUUGCAGGGUUUCAACAUUUACUAUCUUCUCAUGAACAUGACUUCAGUUUGACUAAUGAGCGACUUAAACAGAAAUCGGCUUUCUGCUUUGAUUUUAUACAGACAUGAUUUACAAGAACUGUCUUUUUUUUUUGUUUGUUUUUCAUUUAUCUUUAUUUUUUACUUUGAGUUCCUCCAGCUACUGGGGGCUGGAAAGAAAAAUCAGUGUGUAUAUGUCUAUCUUGAUAUGUUUUCAUCCUAUGCAUUUCACAGAUCUAUUCUUUCUCUCUCUCUCUCCACACUAUUUAAUUUCACUUUCUGUUUGGAUUCACAUGGUUGGAUGUGUUUUGUAAUGGGUUUUCAGGAUCUAGGGUGUUUAGGGGAUGGGAGGUAGGGAUUCACUGUAUGUGUAUGUAUGUUCUCUCCAGUGAAGUUUGUGUUUUUGUACAAUCCCAUGUGAAGUAAAAAAGAAAAGAAAAAAAAAACCUUUCCUUCAGCCUCUAGUUUCCUGGAACACAGUGGCACCGUAGUGUGAUUAAACUGAACCACAUGGAAGGAAAUGAGGCGAAAUUCUUUCAUGUCUCCUGGAUAGACAGUCCAAUCUCUUUCCUGUCUUUGUCUUGUGCUAUGCCUUUAGUCGGUUUUUAUGCUACGGUUAUUAGAGGUUGCCAGAUUGGAUCGAUGCAAGACAAGAGUAUUGAGUUUUGGCACAGGACACAGAAGGAUAUUGGGAAUACCUGGCAACCAGGAGACCAUGACACUGGGAAAAAAAAUAAUGGAAAGCAGUUUAUUCAUAUCUACAUGAUUUAUUUCCCUGGUUUAAAACGAAGCUUCAUUAAAAUAAGUGAUCUCGGAGCAGCGGCUAUUCGCUAAGAUUUUCAGCUCGUCGAUUAAAGUGAGGUGUUAGAUUUGGUUUUCCAGUGAUGGGUCUUUGCACUAUGAGCAAAUCCUCCAAUCUAAAAGCCCUCACUCAGCACAAACUACCCAUCUCGCAUGCAUUGAAAUAUCUGCACUGCUGUAGUGAGUGUCUUUAAACAAUAUGUUUAACUAAAACUCCUUUUCCUUUUGGGCAGGUUUUUAUUUCCCGUAUAAAUUUGAGCUAUCCUGGAAAUUAUAAAAAAAAAAAAAGACAUAAACAACACUGGUGUGGUUGACUGAUUUAAAUAGAUCAAGUGUUUGUGGUUGCAGUUUUCUGACUGAGAUUUAAGAAGGCAUUAGGGAUGCAGUGACACUGCAUUGUACAGUAGAUACAGAAAGCAGGAUUCGUUUUCUUUCUGUGACUUUUUCUUCCUCUAUGUACGUAAGUGUAUGGAACAUUUGCUUUGACUGGAAACACUAUGCUUUAUACACUGUAUUCCAUAAAUAAAGUUUUGAAUGUACAUAAGA